UUUGCAUACUGACAAAUGUGUAAUCGCGGCUCAUCAAAUAAAUAAAAGCUUUGGCAAUUGAAAGAAGCAAAAAAAAAAAUUGCGGCUUUUUGAUUUGUUGUUUAUUUAGGAAAUUAUUUAAAUUUCUGUGCUCUCUAUUGCAUGACCUAAGGCAUUCCAGUAACGUGUGAUUUAGUGGUUUAAGGUUUAAGUUUACGGUUUUUAGGAUAUAGUGUCCAUCAAGGUGAAUUAAAAUUGAAAGGUCCCUUGCAACAUUUCGCACCCAUUGCCGCAGAAAAUAUGGACAAACGAUAUCCCAAUAGCAUUGUCAAUCCAUUCAUCCGUCGUCCAUGGAUGGAAAAUAAUGGAGCUGCAGCGGCAGCUGGUGGUCAAACUGGCCUGAAAGGAAUUAUUGCUGGUGGAAUUACGGGCGGUAUUGAGAUUUGUAUAACAUUUCCCACGGAAUAUGUGAAAACACAGCUUCAGUUGGAUGAAAAAGGUGGAGCUAAGAAAUACAAUGGAAUUGCAGACUGUGUUAAGAAAACUGUCAAAGCAAAUGGCUUUUUCGGACUGUAUCGAGGCUUAUCCGUUCUCCUCUAUGGAAGUAUACCAAAAUCUGCUGUCAGAUUUGGUGCAUUUGAAACAUUCAAAACCCAGAUGAUGGACCAUAACGGACAACUAAGCACGGGUGGCAAAUUAUUAGCUGGUCUAGGCGCUGGAGUCGCUGAGGCCAUCUUAGCUGUAACACCAAUGGAAACGGUCAAGGUGAAAUUCAUCAACGAUCAACGCAGUGCUAAUCCACAGUUCCGCGGCUUCUUCCACGGUGUGUCGACGAUCAUCAAGCAGGAAGGUUUCAUGGGUGUGUACAAAGGACUAACAGCAACGAUCAUGAAGCAGGGAUCGAAUCAAGCCAUUCGUUUCUAUGUCAUGGAAACACUAAAGGAUUUGUACAAGGGCGACGAUCCCAAGAAACCGGUACCGAAAAUGCUGGUCGGUGCUUUCGGUGCUUUUGCCGGAGCCGCAUCCGUAUUCGGUAAUACCCCCAUUGAUGUGGUUAAAACUAGAAUGCAAGGCUUAGAGGCGUCCAAAUACAAGAACACCGCCGAUUGUGCUAUGCAAAUCUGGAAAAAUGAGGGACCAACCGCAUUCUACAAGGGAACGGUGCCGCGAUUGGGUCGUGUGUGUUUGGAUGUAGCUAUUACCUUCAUGAUAUACGAUUCGUUCAUGGAUUUGUUUAACAAAUUUUGGCAUUAGUCGUUGAUGCGGUACGUGUGCGUGUGAUUGCGUUGGCUAUUAUAGUACAAAAAUUCGCAAAUUUUUGCUACUUAUUAGAAUUUUUGAUGUAAACUUGGGCGAGCCUAGCUCAGCGUCCAAUGAACUGUUAUAUUAGGGAAAGGCCUUACUGAAUUCUUCGCUUUUCUUCGUUUGUGAUCAUCUAAUGUCACAAUCGGUAAGGAAAUGUGAAAUGUGUGCAACGAAAGUAGUUGAACAAAAAAAAAAUUAGAAAAUUAAUUGGAACAGACUGCGGUAUUUACAGGUGUUUCUGUUUCAAUGGAUCCCCAACUAUCCUCAGCACAAAGUUAUUUUU